GGCUGUUACCACGGAGAUCAGCACUGCCAGAGCGUCAUACACCUGAAGUUUCAACUAUCAGACUAAACCACGUUUAUACGACUUCAACAACCACCACCAGUGAGAGAGCGAAAGAGAGAAAGAGAGAGAGAGAGAGAGAGAGAAAGAAAGAGAGAGAUAGAUAGAGAAAGAGAGAUAGUCUUCAUCAUCAGGCGCGAGUCGUCGAGGCAGCGGAGAGGCCAGUUCUUUUCCCUCCUGAACGGGACACAUGGCUUCGAACAGCAUCUUCGACACUUUGUCCAAUUACUCAUCCAGUUUGCUGCGAGACCCGAGCACGAGCAGACGGUUCACGCCGCCCUCCGCCUCAUUCCCCUGCGCAAAAGUCAGCGAGAGUCCGAGCAUGAGCGCACCGGGCACGCUGAGAAACGGGCGGCCCGUGGAGAACCGCUCUGUGGUGGACGUGCUGGCGGAUCACGCCGGAGAGCUGGUGCGCACGGACAGCCCGAACUUUCUGUGUUCGGUCCUGCCGUCACAUUGGAGGUGCAACAAAACUCUGCCCGUGGCUUUCAAGGUGGUGGCUCUCGGCGAUGUUCCUGACGGGACUCUUGUCACGGUGAUGGCGGGGAAUGAUGAGAAUUAUUCCGCGGAACUGAGAAACGCGUCUGCAGUGAUGAAGAACCAGGUGGCGCGGUUCAACGACCUGCGAUUCGUGGGAAGAAGCGGCAGAGGUAAGAGCUUCACUCUGACCAUCACUGUGUUCACUGGACCACCCCAGGUCGCCACAUACCACCGCGCUAUUAAAGUCACCGUGGACGGACCUCGAGAGCCAAGACGUCAUCGCAUGAAGCCAGACGACCCCCACAAGCAGUAUUCAGAACGUCUUGGGGACAUGGAACGCUACCAACGGAUGAGAAUGAACCCUGGCAAUGGGACCGCCCGCCCGCACCAAACACAUUACAGCCCCACCGGCACCUCACAGAUACCAGGAUUAUGGCCAGAUCAGAUCGAUGCUCCUUCACUGAAAACCUGCAAAGUUGAAGAUGAAUUACGCUGGUCAGGUACAGAUCUGUUCCAACAGAGACCUUCGUUCCCAUCUCUGUCUCCAUUGACAGCACCCCGCUUCUCUGAUUCACACAUGCAUUAUCCGGGUCCCUUCACCUACUCUGCCAACCCAUCCAGCACUGGAAUCGGAGGUCUCAGCGUGGCUAGCAUGCCCACCUCCAGCCGCUACCACACCUACUUGCCGCCUCCAUAUCCAGGCAACCAGAACCAGAAUUUCCAGACCAACUCCUCGCCGUAUCACCUGUACUAUGGCACUGGAUCCGGCUCCUACCAGUUCUCGAUGGUUCCGACCGGCGGCGCGGGAUCUGGAGGCGAAAGGUCACCCAACCGCAUGCUCACAUCCUGCACCGCGGCGAGCGGAGCCGGGGGAACGGCAGGAGGGAACAACAGCCUGAUCAACGCCAGCCUCGGUAACCAGAGCGACGGGGUGGACGCCGACGGCAGUCACAGCAAUUCACCCACGGCGAUGACCGGGUCGACGCGCAUAGACGAGUCCGUCUGGAGGCCUUACUGAAAACGGGGAACAUUAUGGAACGAGAUCGAGAAUAAAAAGUCUUGCAUGUAUGAUCGUGUUCGUUAAAAAGUCAAACCAAAGAGACAGAGAUGUUAAAGACUCAGACAGCUGACCUGUGAUCUACUUCUCCUCCGGACGCUUUAAACGGUACAGAAACAGAACGAGGAACCACAGGCAAGCAAAAUGUACAUAGAAAGAGUAAAAAAUGAUUAAGAAAAAAAUCAUAACAAAAAGAAAAAACAAAAACAUCCCAUAGUAAUAUAUCAGCUACUUUUUCUGUUGAUGAUAAAACCAAAGAAAACAAUCGUAGGUGCUUGUGAAGAUAAUCUGACGGGGAUGUGUCUGUCCCAGUUUGUUUUAUCUGAAACAAGCCAAUUCAUCCAGCCUUAAAGCCAAUCUGCCUGAAAGCUGUAAUUCCCAGAGUGCUUUGCUCCAAAGACCAAAAGCAUUUAUCAUGCGCACAGUGUGGAAAAGCUCAGAAAAGACACAGGACUUCAUGGGCACAGUGUGGAACUUUACAUGUGUAAAUACAACACAUAGUCACUGAUGGUAAACAAAGCUGUCAGAAGGUGUCAGGUACUUUCCAAACGGCUGAAAUAGUCUUUAAAUGGUAGUUUAAAGGGUGAGAUGUGCUCCUACAAGAGUAUGUCUAUGAGCUAUGUUAUUAUGCUUUUUAAAUUCAAUUGUCGUUAAAAGGAGUCUAGGGUGAAUCUUGAGAUCUGUCAUGUUUAACACCAAAAUACAACAAAAUGAAAGAAAAGGGUGCCAUUGAUAUAUUUAUACAUCAUUGUUACACAUCGUGCUGUAUUCAUUUAUGCUGAUGAUUUUAAAAACGGACAAUUUUAAAUACAGAAUUAUCCCUUGAGAUCAUGACAAUCCCCCAAAAAGGAAUUUGGAGAUAAGUGUGGAUAAAGCUACGCAAUUCUUCAUGGUCCCCAAAACAGGCUUUACUGUCUUUACACAAAGUAUAAUUUAUUUUUGAGUUUUCAUGAGAUUCACCCUUCAGCUGUGAGUAGUUAUUCAGUAGAGCAUUUACUUUUCAUAAUCCAGAGACGGACGGACGUUUCUGUUUUUAUUGAUUUCUCGCUUCGCGCCAAAAUCACGAACAAUUAAUUUGCCUUUUGAACUUGUGGAGACUAGUCUUUUACUUUUAAAUAGUUUUAGAGUCAUUAUUUUCCUUUCUCGGUGUUGAUUGCUUUUAAUGACUUGCAGUUUCUUCACACUUACUGUGGUUUGUUUGAACUCACUUUACGGUUUGUGUACUUUUUUAUUUAUUUGAGCCAACGUGGAUACGUUCCUGUCUUUGGUCGUUUCCGGGUCACGAACAUUUCGCUUUUUUUACUAUUUGCUUCCGGUUUCUUCUUUAUGUUUAAUAUAAAAUUGGAAUUUGUGCUACUGUAAUAUAUUCCUUCUAAAUUAUGCAAAACAAAUUUUAAUGUAAUGUCUAUGUUUUCCAAUGCAGCUUUAAUGCACUAAAACAUUUAUUUAAGUGGAUGUCUUUGUAAACCACAUAAUUGAGAUGCGCCGUAUAACAUUUAUACCGGAUAGAGUUCCAGAUGAUAUAAGCCCUCAGGUGAACUCAACCCGUACUAGCCAAAGAUUCAGACAAUCGCCUGUUGUCAUUCUCCGUCUCUCAAGUGUGAAAAAUAUGUUGCUCUAAGCACCUACAUUAUCUGUCUAUUUUUCCUGCCUUGUUCUUGCAAUGACUGAAAUCGGAGACAAUAAUUGGGCACGUUUGAAAGGAGAUCAGCCUUAAAUAUUUGAAUAACAAAACCAUGCACUCACUCGUACAAGGGCGGUAAAGUGGCCAUGACACACACACACGCAUUCACGUAACAGGUGUAGGUGAAUAAUUCAGUGCGUAACCGAGAGGUUUUUCCCAAGCUCACACCUGCUGCUGAUACCUGAGGGCAAAGAACCCAAAGAUAAUGAAGGAAACAGAUAGAGAGAUAAAUGAUGCGAGAGCGGUAUCUGCUUUCACAAUCAUUGGUCAACCUUAAGGCCUUCUUAUCUGUGCAAAAGUGACUGUGUUCAGCUUGAUUCACUGCCGCUUUGAUGUCUUUGUGGAGGGGGUUAUUCUCCUUCCCAUUGCGCCGCUCGUUUGAUUUUUGCCCAAAAGCCAGUGGCUACAGGAAAGAUGGAUUUCAAAUGUGAGAUGGUCGUCCUUAUUACAUGCAGGAGUUGUUGCUGCAAGGACUUCUGGGUAACACACACCAAGGGUUUUCAGUGAUACGGUACGAGAAACCGUUACUGUUUGAUGUUCAAAUGAUACUAUAAAGGUGCAGUUUUAUUUUUUUUCUAUCAGUCUUAAUCUGUCUCUAUGUAGCGGCUGGCUUGAUUUCACAAAAGUUGAAGACAAUCUUUUGGGAGGUUUGUUUGUGAUUGUUGAUUAUUUUGAAAUGAUUGAAAUGUGGACCAACACAAGGAUACCCAAUUUGCUGGCCCAAAUGAUCAUGACCAAAUGUAGCGUUUCUAUUUAUCAACUGUAUCAAAUGCUGAUGUUUAUCGUGUGUUGCUAAAUGAAUCUUUGUAAAGAAGCUACAUUGCAUAAAUUAAGAUCACGCCGAAAGAUCGAUCAAGCACAACACACUUCUGUACAGAACAAAUUGUCCUUUUCACUCCAUAUGUUGUCAUUUUGGCUCAACAAAUGUUUUUCUUAUGUUCCUUCAAUGUGUGCUAAUGAUGUAGUUUUGUAUGCAUUUUAAUUAAAAAAUGAUCAGGCUUU